AUGGAACUAAUUGAAAAACCCAGAGGUUGUGUCUACUUAUAUAAGAAACUCGAGGUAAGUAAACAAAAAAAUCCUCUGGCGGUCGGGAAACUGAAAAAUAAACAAAUUUUUUCGUUUUGUUGUCGCGUUGCGUUGGGGGCCAAACACACAGCACAGCGGCCGCUCACAGGCAGAAACGCGAGACAGCGAUUCCCCAAUUGGGAGGGUGGUGGUGCGGUGGUGCGGUGUGUGGGUGGACAGCCACCACCUCCAGAAAGAAAGCGGGCGGGCGGGCCCGCAGCAGCAGGGCGACGCGACUCAUCGGCUGGGAGAGUUCGUGUUGCGGGAGGAUUCCCGCAGGCGGAGCGUGGGGUUUUCGCGUCGCGUGCACGUGACCUGGUGGCACCUCGGGAAUUUCCCAGCGCGGAUUGGCAGCGGGCAGCCCUUGACAGCUUUUGCCCCGGCGAGGGAGAGGAACUGCUGUGGUGGGCGUUAUGUAAGGGCCGUCGGCGGGAGCGGUGGGUGUCAGAGGGUGGGGUAGUAUGCUAUUUUAGAACAUGCUGGGUGUGGGUGUGUUGCACCCAGACAAGUGCGGUUCUUGUCCUUGAGCUGGAGACGAUCCGUAAGCGAUUCUUGGUGGUUUCGCUAACUGGGACAUGCGUCGCUUCUGGCUGGCUGUUUCUGCUGAGCGUAGCAGUCGCUCUCUCGCCACCCUCGCUGCCCUCAGCUCUCGCUGCUUCAGAAAAAUGUAAAGCGCAGAUAAAUAGAGACACCACCACAACACACUGCACUACACCAACGAUUCUGGGAUGGGGGACCACAACAAGCAAACCAGAAAAGAUGGAAUUUUGGGACUGGAUACUGGUGUUUAUCGCUGUCUUUGUGCCGCCCGUAGCCGUCUUCUUGAAACGAGGCCUGAAGUCAAAGGAUCUCUGGAUUAACGUCCUGCUGGCCAUGUUUGGGUUUUUCCCAGGGCUGAUCCACGCCCUAUAUGUCAUUAGCACGCACCCUUCACGGCUCGCUCAUGUCAGAAGAAAGAGAAACAGUGACACCAGACACCGUCUUCACGGUGAACAGUCCCCAUUGAGAGAUGAACAGGAACCACUGUUUCAGAGAACUCAAAGGUAUGGAUCAGUGUGA